CGAGCGCUCCCAGGCAGGUCGGAGGGGACUUGAGCGUGCCCCUCCGUCAAUGCAGUGGGCGAAGAUGGCGUCGAGCAAGAAGGGCGGCGGGGGGGGCCGGCUGGAGAAGGGGGUGAAUGGAAGACGCUCGUCCAAACACAGAGAGGCUCUAGUGGCUGCUGACAGUGACAGGAGCCACCUGAACAGAGAGGAGACAGACACGGACAGAGACUUGAACUCAGAAGCUGUGAUGGACACCAAGGCAGUGUUUGCCGCCCUGUACAGCGUGUGCGAAGAAAAUGCCACUUUCUUCUCGGGAGGAGCCAAAGGAACGCAGGGCGAUGCGGCGCGGCGGCUGGUGGAUACGAUGAACUUGAUCAAGGAGCACGCUCGCAGUCUGGAGCCGGUCAUCUCUGGCUUCGCUUCAGUUUACCAUCAUUUUGACUUUGACCCACACAUACCUGCUAAUGGCUAUCGUUCGCUGGUCAAGGUGGUGCGUUGCUGCAUCCUCCACAUCAUCCACAAGGGGCGCUACAUCACAGCCAAUCGCCGCAGCAUCUUUUUUCGAGUAGCGCACAAUGCAGGGGAGAUGGAGGCGUACUGCAGCGCCCUGUGUCAGCUGCGUGCCCUGCUCUACUUGGCUCAGCGCAUGCUACAUGACAACAGCUCUGGCAACCUGUUUUUCCAGGAUGAAAGUGGCCUCAGCGAGAGCUUUGUCCGCGAGUACUCCUCUAUGCACAAGGGCUGCUUCUAUGGCCGCUGCCUGGGCUUUCAGUUUACUCCAUCCAUCCGACCCUGUCUCCAGACCAUUGCCAUCGGCCUUGUGGCCUUUGGGGAGAACUACAAGCGCCAUCAGUCAGGACUAGUGGAGGCAGGAGGUAUUGCACCGUAUGGGGUGGCAGCCAGCUCGCUCUUUACCUCAGGGAAGUACGCCAUUGACCCUGAGUUGAGAGGGGCGGAAUUUGAACGCAUCACCCAGAACCUGGACGUCCACUUUUGGAAGAGCUUCUGGAACAUUACUGAGACUGAACUCCCGUCGAGUCUGGCCAGUAUGACAUCCACUCAAGUUAAGGUGAACCGGCCUCUCUCUGUGCCCCCUUUGCCCUUUGACCUUCCCUUGGCGGCCAACCCCAGUGCAUCUGUAACUAUUUCUCCACCGUCUGCACACAUUGGCACUGCUCCGGUUCAGAUGAGGCUCAUCUCUUAUGACCUGCGUGAAGGACAGGACAGCGAAACCCUGCUAGCUCUCUCCCGCUCUGAGGGAGGCUCCAUCUCUCUGUCGCUGGGGUUGAAGGCCAAGCGACUCCCCCCUUCUCCUUGCUUGCUAGUCCACUUCCAUGGGGGAGGCUUUGUGGCCCAGACAUCCAAGUCCCAUGAGCCCUAUCUGAAGGGUUGGUCCCAGGACCUUGGUGUCCCCAUCUUGUCAAUUGACUACUCCCUGGCCCCUGAGGCCCCCUUCCCGAGGGCCUUGGAGGAGUGCUUCUAUUCCUACUGCUGGGCUCUGAGAAACCACCACCUACUGGGAUGGACUGGAGAGAAAGUAUGUCUGGCUGGGGAUAGUGCGGGAGGCAAUUUGUGUCUGACGAUGUCAAUGCGAGCUGCUGCCUUUGGUGUUCGAAUGCCAGAUGGCAUCAUGGCAGCCUACCCGGCUACCCUGCUGACUGCCUACGCAUCUCCCUCCCGUCUGCUUUCACUGAUGGAUCCCCUGCUUCCACUCAGUGUGCUCUCCAGGUGUCUCAGUGCCUACGCAGGCGACGAGCCACAGACUGAGAAGCAGGUAGAGAAAGCGAGCACACUGAGCCUGGUGAGGAGGGACACGGCUCUGAUGCUGAGAGAUAUCCGACAGGGAGCCUCCAACUGGAUCCACUCUCUGCUGGAUCACAACAGAGCCCCAGCUUCUCCCAGCACAGCUGCAGAGGCGCCACCAGGAGCCACUGAUGCAGUGAGGAAGAGCAUUUCAGAGGCAUCCAUCUCUUCUCCUCACGCCGACCCCCCUGUUGCCUCCAAACCCUCAGAGUUCCCGACCAGGAAAUUAUCUGUGAAGAGCCAGACAUGCCAGGACAUGGGUUCUCACAGCAGCUCCACUUUGCACAGCGCACCACUGCUGUCUGAUCGCACUCCAGAAGAUGUGAAUUUCUUCAUCUGCAAGGAUCCGCAUCCCUCCAUGUCCAGUGACCUGUCUUCAGUGGCCAUACCACCACCUGCUGGAGAGGAGGGAUCAGAGCUGGGGCACCCCAGGGAGUUCCCCCUGGGGUUCGAACCUCUGCGUUCAGAGCAGCUGGCUGAGAUGAAGUUGCAUAGUUCUCCGGUGGUCAAGGAUCCUUACUGCUCACCUCUUCUGGCCCCUGAUAGCAUGUUGACAGGCCUGCCACCUGUACAUAUUGUGGCUUGUGCAUUAGACCCCAUGCUGGAUGACUCCGUGAUGUUUGCCAAGCGUUUGAGGAACCUGGACCGGCCCGUCACUCUGUGUGUGGUGGACGACCUCCCCCACGGCUUCCUCAGCCUAUCGCAGCUCUCCAAGGAGACGAGAGAGGCUGCCAACGUCUGUGCGGAGCGUAUCCGCGCUGUCUUCACCCAGAAGGACACCCCCCCCGAGCCUCGCAAGCACCGAAAGCUGGAACGGACCGAUAGGGGUGUGUCGGCCUCUUCUGGGGAAGGCGCCUCUCUCUUUGCUGGCCCCAUCGAGGAGGAGGAGCAGGAUGUCGGGCGUGGGGUCAAAAUUGCUGAUGGGGAGGACUUAGCUACUGUGGCAGCUCAGAAUAGCACUGAUGCUGGCGGUAUUGGGGCUUAAAUAAGGAUAGAUUAAAAAAAAAAAAAAAGCACUGACGCUCACCCGAGGAAGGAAGGAAGGAAGAAAGAAUAAAUGAAAGUCAGACCAAUGUAGGCAGUGCCUAAAAGGACGAGAGAGAAAUUAUCCUACGAACAAGAAAAGAGGGAAGUGGGUAGUGAAGGAGAAUGUCCGGUUUUCAACACAGAAAUCUUCCUUUGCCACUUGUAUGUGCAUCAACGCAAAUCUGGAAGACAAAAAAAUUGAACACGCCCACUAAAGACACUCCUGUUAAAGAAUCUAAUGGUAAUUUAAAAGCUACUUAGAUCAAAGAGCAGCGCUCACCCACACAUGUAGCUCACAGAAUUACCAGAGUUGCUGUCAGGCAGCUCGGGCUUAAAGCAGCGGGGAGGAUUCUUGAGACGAAGCCUGAAUGGGUGAAUCAUCCAGGCCGACGCAGUCAUUUCAGGCCCUAAUCAGACGGUGGUGGGUGAUAUGCUCCUGUAUAGAGUCAUCGCUAUCAAAAUGGCCACUUGUCCUUUAGGGAGCCACUCUAACUCACACUUAAUAACUCUACUGUGUUCUUCAUUACGUCGGUUUGGCAGCCGAUGCAGCUCACGUUGUGGAUAAUAACUCUGCACACUCUCUCAAAUAGAAUUAAAAUAGGUAAAAUGCAACAAGAAAAGCCCCAAACUGGAGGAAUUGAUUUACUUGCAUCUUGAGAUUCUGGUGCAGUUUUUAAUCAUAUUAUUAACCCUAUGCAGUAGUUUUACUUUUGUUAUUUAUAUCUUUUUUUUUUGUGUGUUUUUUUGUAUUGCAGUAUAAUCAGAAUCUUGACGGGUUCACAUGUUGAUUUGUGCGUUAAAUUGUAUGUUUGAUAUAAUCUUAUGCUGUUUAUUCCACAUUGUUGAAUGUGUUUGAUAUUUACCUCUGCCUCUUUAGCCACUGCUGCUCUGACAUCCCGGGACUGUCCAAUUCAACACGUACCUUGUUCUCACUAAUGCAUACUGAUGGGAUAGAGCACAUGCAGAAUAUUCCACAUCAGUCCCCAAUCUAGAUGCUGCCUGGUGCUUUUUGUCGUGCUGAUAUUAUGAAUGCAAAUACUGCAUUUUAUUGAUUGCUACGGUGGGAUUUGUGGCGAUGCACUGAGAUGCAUCCUUUUAAGAACACAAGUCAGGCUUAAAAACGUGGGUCUCAUCUAUAGGAAUCUUUAAAGACUCUCAUCCGCAAUCACUGCUGUGAGCUGCCUGAAAGAGGCUAAAUGUUUUUAUUUUUAUUUUUUUGAAAGCGGCUGCUCGACCUCCUCCCUCUGCAGAACUGAAGUGAGGGAGGGAGGUGGGCAGCGAAAAAGCUCAGCCCUCAGCUAUCAAUACAUAUUUUAAACUUCACUGCACUGACAUUUCUCCCAGGUUGUUCCCGUUCCUCUCCAGGUGUUAUUGCUCAAUACUUUUCUGCACCGUAUGCACUGUGGCAAAGUACCACUUCUGUCCAGGGGAUUUCCUGCCUGACAACCGUUUUCCGCAGAUCAGAUGCUUUUAGGAAACGCUCCAGGACACUGACCGAGGAAAGAUUGUUAGCGUGCUGUGUAAAUGCCACAUACGUUGUGUUUGGUCAGCGGAAGGUGCUGCCAGUGGAGGUCCAGACUUUCUUCUCUGCUCCCCACCAUCACUUUUGGGGUUGACUUUGUUUUCAAUAACCCAAGGACACUCCUCAGAGCGAGAUGCCACUCAAGCACUUUGAAGUGCACUAAAAUGUCCUUCGCAGGGUCAGUCCCUCCAUCAGGUCCAACUAAAUAUAGAUGCCAACAAUGCUGGCACUGUCCUGCCCUUUUGUGGUGACGGGGCUGGGGUUGCCAGGUCUGUAGAGAGAGAUGCUGUGUGAUGAAUAGGAUUUAGCCGGAGCUCUCGGGUACAAAAUCCUCCCUCCUGUAGAAGAGCAGGAUUUUCAGCAGCAAAGUCAUGCUACAGGAUUAGGCCAUGCUCAGUUCUGUCAGCUCCGAGUACUUACCGCAAUAUUUUUAGUCAGAUUGAUGGAGAGAACCAGGGGCGUGAAGAGGAAGAAAGUAAUACACUCAUUCUCUCAGAUGCGCUGGGCUGAAGUUUGCUUCGUGAGCUGCGGUUAAUGCGCACGCUGCACUUUUGCAGUAGUUUGCUAUGGCAAUCCACAAAGUGUAUUUAAGCUUAAACUUGUAAACACGUCGUUUUUAUUAUUGUGUUUUUCCCUCCUUUGCUUGGUGCCUGUGAGUGCGGCUCAAGUGGAGUCGGCACGAGCAAAGUAGUCUCUGUAGAAACGUGAGCUCACACUCGGGCACGUCCUCUUUGUUUGUGUCGUUUGGGAAUGGCACCUCACAGACGAGACUAUUACCUGCAUUAAUCAUCUGUUGUUGUUUGGAGAAGUCGGACCUCUGGCACAGCAGGUUUAUUUUGUGAUUUAAAGUAAAUAGACUCAACUGAAAGAUCCAGCGCAUAUGGAGACGAGCAGGUUUGAUCGGUCAACAGCACUUUUUUUUUUUAUACGAAGAAAAUAAAUUUGUGUCAAAUGAAUUCACUGUCUGUGUUUUGACCUUCAUGUGACUCCUCAAGAUGCGUCGGGCUAAGCUGCGUGCCGCUGACGGACCAGAGCCCGUGUGGCGUUUAAGGACUGAAGAGUUUGUCAGCGUUUCAUUUAGUUCUCCCAUCCCAGACAUUAAUGUGGCUCCGCUGAUGCCCACGUGCUGCCAGCGACUACGAGCUGAAAUGUCUGAUUCAGUACUGUUUCGAUCAGUGUUGCUGCUUCACAGUCUGUGUGAGAAUAAUCCACAGGGCAUCUUUACAAUCCCAAAUCCUCCCCGUGAGUACAAAACUAGUUUCAGUGGUUCGAUUUGUACUGUAUACGUCUACUGUUGUUGUUUUACUCUUGGAAAGCUGCUCUCACUAGAGAUUUUCUUUGCCCAGAGUUGAUUUCAAUGAAGUGCAAUGAAAAAGGCAACGCUGCUGCAAACGUGAGCUGGUUGGUUCAACCUGUAGGUCAACAUUCACAGCUGCACACCAGCAUCACUCUAUUUUUCAUGUCAACUGUUUGUUUCUUGUUAUACAAUGUGUUUGAAUCACCUCAAGUUUAAACGUCAUAUUUAGCAACUUACAUAUCAUGUCCUGUUGUAGAUUUAACAAGAUUCCUUGAAGCUUGAUUUUUUUUUUACACUCCGAUGCUUUUGUGUGUUGGACUGACCUCGACCACUUCUCAGAAAUGUUUCCUAAUGACAAACGCUCAAUUCAAUCAGAUAAGUUUCAUUUAAGGUUAAUUUCAGGCAGAACCAAAGAUCUUGUAACACGUGUAAUGUUCUGUCCUCGCUGUUCACUGGUAUUUAAAUGCAGGUGCUAGUCGAUGCCAUAGUCUUCCGGCAGCCCAUAUGCAAAUUGCUCCGCACUGUAAAAUGCAAUGCUGACUGAUAAAAUGAUUAUGCUUUCAAAAGAACAAGCCAUAGACUGAAACCUAAGUUGUUUUAAAGUUUAUUUUUUACUUUUUUUAUUUUUCUUUUAUUGAAAACGCCACAAGUGCAAACCUGUGAAUUAAAAAAGAAAAAAAGAAUGUAUAUUAUAUGAUCCAUGUAGAUAUUUUUACUUUCAGAUUUGUUGAUCAGAUUGAUUGCAGAUUUAUUGUUUUGGUUGUUUUUUUUUUGGACUGCAUGGUCUUUCAUUUCAUAUUAGUGUUUGUCUGAUACGCCACGAGUAUGCUUGAUUCUUCUUCUGUUGAUUUUUAUCUAAAUAAAUAUAUUCUCCCAUGAA